CCCAAUCAAAAUAUAAAAAAAGAGACGAAAACGAAAGUACACGUGCUUACACAUCCAACACUCGUAAUCGUAACUAUUGCUACCUACCCUUCUCUCUUCUACUUAACCCCAAAGGCCCCAAAAACACAAUCAAGAAAAGCUCUGUAACAUUAUUAUCAAUCGAAAUUCCAACCGACUCAACAAUGUCUUCAUCCAACGCCUGCGCCUCUCCGUCACCGUUCCCCGCCGUCACGAAGCUUCAUGUAGACUCCGUCACGUUUGUACCGUCCGUCAAGUCACCGGCCUCCUCCAAUCCAUUAUUCCUCGGCGGCGCCGGUGUCCGAGGCCUUGAUAUCCAAGGUAAAUUCGUGAUCUUCACCGUCAUUGGAGUAUACCUAGAGGGUAACGCCGUUCCUUCUCUAUCUGUCAAGUGGAAGGGAAAAACUACGGAGGAGCUAACAGAAUCUAUCCCGUUCUUCCGUGAAAUAGUCACCGGUGCGUUUGAGAAGUUUAUCAAGGUGACAAUGAAACUGCCGUUAACGGGACAACAAUAUUCGGAGAAAGUGACGGAGAAUUGUGUGGCUAUAUGGAAACAAUUAGGGCUUUAUACGGACUGUGAAGCUAAAGCUGUGGAGAAGUUCUUGGAGAUCUUCAAGGAAGAAACAUUCCCUCCCGGUUCAUCGAUCCUCUUCGCUCUCUCCCCUACCGGCUCUCUUACGGUUGCGUUUUCGAAAGAUGAUAGUAUCCCUGAAACCGGGAUCGCUGUGAUCGAGAACAAAUUGUUGGCGGAGGCGGUUCUGGAAUCUAUCAUCGGGAAGAACGGUGUGUCACCUGGCACUAGGUUAAGUGUUGCAGAAAGAUUAUCUCAGCUAAUGAUGAAGAACAAGGACGAAAAGGAAGUUAGUGAUCACUCUGUUGAGGAAAAACUAGCCAAAGAGAACUGAGAAUGAUAGAUUUUUCUUGUGUUUUUGUCAUUUUCUAUUUCUUAUGUUUUCUAUAUCUAAUUUCUUAUGCGGUACUCAAGUGGAGAAUAAAGAACAUGCAUUUACAUUAUAAUAAAGUUUAGGAAUUUCGGUGUUUUUCUUUGAAAUGCUAUUCUAACUUGAUUUGAUGAUAUAUAUGUCAAAGAUGAU